UUGGAGGUGUGCCCCUUUCUGUUUUCUGUACAGUGCUCUGCUAACUGCAAUGGUGGUUUCAAGACCCGAGAUGUUCACUGCAUUGAUGUUCGUGAGAAGCGACCUCUCAGGCCUUUUCAUUGCCAAUUACUGGGAUAUAAACCACAACUCAACGCAAGUUGUAACAUGGAGCCUUGCUUGCAGUGGCGCGUGGAGCCCUGGAAUGAGUGCACUGUUUCCUGUGGAGGGGGCUUUCAGGAAAGAACUGUGAAGUGCAUGAAUAUAGAAACUAAUGAAACUGAAGAUGACAGUAUGUGUGUGGAUAAACCCAAGCCCACAGAGUAUCAGAAAUGCAAUCUGCAAGAAUGCAGGAAAAGUACAGGGCUACCCUGCAGCAAAGACCAACUGUCGGUUCACUUCUGCCAGAGACUGAAAGGCAUUGGCAAGUGCUUGCUGCUGUCAAUAAAGACUCAGUGCUGCUUCACAUGCAGUCAGCCCCGAAUUCGUAACAAAGCAAGAUACUGGGAUCAGCAAGGCCUCAAACAACAAAAUUACACUAAAUCUAGAAGAAAAUCACCUCAAAACCAAGAAAACAACAACCAAGCUGCUCAGCACUAGCUGGUUUUUAUCUAGAUACUUUGAAUAGGGCUUCUGUUUACAGGUUUUGCAUUCCUCCUUUUUUUUCUGAACCAUCCCACGUAGAUGGAAAUCUGUGAUCAAAACUGGGAAAACACAUCGCUUA